UCCCGGAAUAUCCAGUUGGCGUUUGCUGAUGGGGAGACAGAGGAGGACCGCCUGGAAGGCCUCUGUGUCAAAUAUGAAGACUGGCACGCAAUUCGAAAUCUCUUUGAGGUCGGUAUUGUAAUCAUUAACUACAUGCACCCUGAUACACAAAUUCUAUUUACAAAAAGCACAUAAUGUUGAUUUUUUUAUGAUUACAAUACACUGCCUUCCAAGGCAUAGAGAAGUAAUGAUGUUUUCUAAGGACUGGUUCAAACAUGAUGUUUUUGAUAUGCAUUACAGAUAUAUCAUCAGAUCUUCUUUAGUGAAGAAUCUGCCAAAGACCAUGGCACACUCCACGCCAACAUGAAUCUCUUGAGAGUAUCUUCGCCAACCAUGAAGUUGGCGUGGACUUAUGAACUGUGUGCAUGUUACCAAGAAAGCACAGCCACCAUGAAUUCGGCUGCUUUCCAUUGGGGAUUUAAGGGAAAAGUGGGUCAUUGGUACCAGUGUUGGGAGUAACGCGUUACAAAAGUAACGCGUUAAUCCCAACAAAAAAAGGUAAUAUUUUACUUGGCUAACCCUAACCCGACUAACCCAGAAAUAAGUUUUAAACCCGAAAUUAACUUGUGUGUUUUUAUACAAUAACUGUGAGAUUCACAGAGGAGAAAAAAAUCUGCGCAAAUGUUUUACUUCCUCUUACUGCUAGAGGAGAAGAUCACGGCAGCAGCAGAGUCCAGGGAGGCUGGUUGUAGUCUUUUAGCUUGGUUCUCCAUAUCAACAGUAGGGCUAGAACAGAGCGAAAAGACUACAACCUGGUUGUAGUAGAAAAGGGGGCUCAAUGUGUUUUUUUUUUUUCGUCUUCCCUAGUAGGCUCUAGCUCUAUUGAUUUCAAUAUGAAUACCUAAAGUUACAGUAUUUCUAUUAUGAAAUGUAUUGUACCAUGAGCCAUGUAUUGUACCAUAACUGCGACCAUUAUAUUGUACUUUUGUUAGCCUUAAGCCUAGCUCAGUCAUUAUGCCAUACCACAUCACCUCCUGCAGUGUAAUGAGCUGCAUUGAACACAGGAAGAUCUAUUGAGAACAACAAAUCCAUAUUUCCUGUUAUUUUGGUAAAAGUCGUGUAAUGCCGUACAAUUCAAAGACAGUAAUAUUGCAAUGUAACUAAUUACUUUGAAAUGACAGUAACAAGUAAUAAAUAAUGCAUUACUCUUUUGAAGUAACUUGCCCAACACUGAUUGGUACUACUAACAAACACACACCAUCAUGAAUUUAUGAACUAUGAAUAUAAUUUCACAAGCAGAUGUUUUAUGCAGCCAUUUAAAUAACUGCUAUGUGAUUUACAGGUGCAGCAAUGCGAAGAAAGGCCCACAUGCUGCGUACAACGCUUACAAACAGUUUGUGCAGAUUGACACGACAGCACUUUUCCUUGCGGCAGCAAUGGAACAUUUUCAUUUGGAUGAUGUCACAGCUACUCCAGACGGCUUAGUACCAGACCACAUCCAGCAAGGCUCUGCAGAACAGAAGAGGACCUGGCUCCAUGACUCUGUGGCAGAGGUCGUUGACAAGUUUUUAAUGUCUACAGACAUUGCUGACCUGACAGCUGGCGUUACUGAAGCGGCAACAGCCCAACGCACUGAGAAGGAGAAGCUCCCUUGUCGUGAGCCAGGUUGCAAGAAAGUUUUCAUUUAUCGAAAAGCCAGAGAGACCCACGAAGAGAAAGUCCACAGUUUUGUGGUGGCAUCUAUGCCAGUUGUUGAGCCGGCUUCCUCUGGUCUGAUUGACCACAAAAAACAGCAUACUGAGGCCAGGCUUAGCUUUGGAUUUCUGCUAUUCGAUAUGUUGGAUGCAGUGAAAGAGGGAGAUGGGGAGCGCUUGAUAAGGCUGUACAAGGUGGCACUACUGAUUUACAAGGCUUACGGGCACACUAAUUAUGCCUGCAGCACUUUCCUCUUGACUGUACAAGUCAAUGCAACAAUGUCCACUAGGGUUAAACAUGAUGUAACCUGGAACCGAUUCUGGAAUAGUAGCGGCGGGAAAGGGAAAAAUGUUCCUCUUGAUCUGCACCUCAAGCACCUCAACAACUUCCUGAAAUUGUUUUUGAGGAAUAAAGGCACCAACCUUGCAGAGAAAACAGCUGACAGGGUCAGCAGGUCUGUUGGUUUAUUAAAAACCCUGAUGGAUACAACAGACGGAGAGCUGCAGCUAUCCCGGCCUAGUGGCAUCCACCAUGCAGCAGAUCUAAAAAACAACAUUUUAAUGGUGCUUCAGGUAUUAAGGAACACUGAGGUUUUCAACCAGCAACCGGGAAGACACUUCUCUGCAUUCCCUAAAUUUAACAGAAACAUUCUGUCCAAGCUAAACUAUAAUGACGUGUGGCGAUGGAUGCGUUGCAGGCUGAAAGACUGGAGGGCUGUUGUUCUUUAAUCAAUUACCUGCCUGGUCUGUAAUGGUCCUAGCCUUGUCCUACCAGACUAUUUCAUUUGAAGCUG